GAGAGAGCCAGAGAUGAUAACCGGUAUUGAUUUGAUUCCCGGUUAUCGGCCCAGUUCUUAAUAUUUAUGGGCCGUAUUGGAUCCGUAUCAUUAAGAUCCGACCCGACCCGAAUUAAAACCCCACAUUCGUAAAUCACAGAAAUGUCACCGAAGAGUUUGAGAGAAGAAGAGUAAACAUGGCGGCCAACGGCAUGAGAAGAGCUCUUCAGGUAUCGUCAUCCUCCGCGAAGAUACUCUUCGGUCGUUCAUCAGCGGCGUCUUCUAGUUCUAAGAUCGGAAAAUCCGCCGGAAUUGCUUUCGGGAAUGGAUCAUCUUCCUCAUCUCGACCCUCACUUCGUAGACUGACAUUUUCCAGGGUCCCUGUGGAACUGAGUGCAGGGGUUUCACUUAUACCUUUACAUAGUGUUACUGCUUCAGCUUUGCUCACUUCGUUGCUAUCUCUGAGCAAUCAAAAUUGGAGUUGCUUAUCUGAAGGAUUUGCUUCAACACUAUAGCAUGGCCUGCAAGUAUUGUGUGAUUUCAGGUGCCAGAUGGCUAGUCAGAUUCAAAAGAAACUUGUUUCAUUUCAUCGCGGCAUUUUGCAGUUUUUUCUGAGAGGUUGAAGAUAUCAGAAGUACCAAAAGAAAGACAGACCUUUGUUUUCCUCUAAGGCCUACUUUGUUCUUUUUAGUUUAUACAAUUGUCAUUUUCAAUUGAUGAUUUCAUUAUCUUAGCAUUUCUGCCUGGAAAUAAACUAAGUCAUUUUGAUGAAGUUGUUCGUGUUCCCUUACCAAAACCAAUAAAGAUAUUGUUAUAGCGACCAAAAAGUGUAUGAAACAGUUCGACUUUCUUGUAA